AUGGCGCUGUUAUGCGGGAAAUUUAGUUGUUAUCAAAAAUUCGAAUAGAUUAUUCGAAAACAGCGACUGAACACGACCACUCAUAUCGAUCAGUGCCUAGGGUUCUUGAGUAACUAAAGACAAUUAACCAACCAGAGAGUCUUUUAACUGACCAAGGUAAGGUGUUCAAUUUGAAAUAAAAUUAUCCCUCUCAAACUUCUCUCUGAUGAAAACAAGACACUCCGAAUAAAUUUAAACAGAACACGUGUUAAUACCUGUGCUGUAUUUGUUAUACAUGCGUGAAAAUAAUGAAAUAUCUGCGUGAUUAAAAAGAAGAUACGACAUUAAAGGCGAGAUAUCUUAUAACUGAGGAGAAAGAACUGGAAAAAAUGUAAAAAAAAAAAAGAUGGAGCUAAGUAGGAAAAGUAGUUAAGGGAAGCGGAUCACCCAAUGCGAUCAAAAAUGGAAAAAAGAUGGGCGAUACUCCUGAGUUUUAGUGACGCUCUCGUUGGACACCAUUACGUUGUGAGUCGUGGAUGUAGAUUGGUCGCUCGAUGCUGCUGGUGGGAACAGAGCUUAUCCGGUUCGACUAGCUGCGCCCCACCAAACUAGUCUCUUCUUAACAAUGUCGAAGUGCACACGAGGAGAAAAGUGAUACUAGACAUUACACGACAGAAGCUCGCAAAAGUUACAUCGCAGCAUCCUCGAUAUCGAUAUCGAUAUCGAGGGAAAACGAGUUGCAUCAAGGAACAACGUUUUAAUUGAUCUGUGUAUUGGUGUAAUAAUAAAUUUAUCUUCGAUUCCUGAUCAUUUCGAUCGCAAUAUUUUGUUCAUGUGGUGAAAAUAUACGUUUGCAUUGUGUAAAUACUCUAACAUAUAAGAAAAACAAGACAUGCCAUCGUUUCAUGACGAUUUCAUCACGGGAGAACCUUCGAAUCUCAACAACAUCGCCAACAUGAUGUCGCAUUAUAGUCAAGCAAACUUCAGCGUUACGUAUCGCCAACAGCAGCAACAGAUCGUUAAUAAUCAACAACAACAACAACAAUUAAUAAUGCAACAAGCACAACAACAAACGUCGAUGCAACAGGUCCAACCGCACACCGCGGCCGCAGUUGCGGCCGCCGCAGCCAUUGACGGGAGUCAUUGGUAUGGAUACGCUCCUAGAGCCAUUCCGGCGACACCAGCUCUACAUCCUCAGCAUCAACCGAGUGCGCACACACACACGAUUCCUUCGCAAUUAUUUAAUCAUGCCGAGAUUCUACCUGCUGGAUGGCCGCAUUACUCGACUCAUUACUCGCAGUAUAUACAAUAUCAGCCACACCAUCUUCAGCCACAGUCGCAACAGCACUUUCCGUCACACACGGCGCAGCAACGUUCAUUCCUAGAACAGCUUUGCCAGCAACAACAUUCUUCGCCGGAGCAGAAUAUGCAGCAACAUUCGCCAUCUCAGCAACUCUACGCACAGCAUUCGCCGCCGCAGCAGAAUAUGCAGCAAAACUCGCCACCGCAACAAAUUGGUCCGCAACAUCCGUCGCCGCAGCAAAACAUCCAGCAACAUUCGCCACCCCAACAACUCUGCCAGCAACAUUCGUCGCCGCAACAACACAUACAGCAAAAUUCGCCUCCUCAACAAAUCUGUUCGCAGCAUUCAUCGCCGCAGAAUAUGCAGCAAAAUUCAUCACCUCUGCAACAUUAUCAGCAGCAUUCGUCGCCGCAACAACACAUACAACAAAAUUCGUCACCGGAGCAACAGAACCAGCAACACCCGUCGCCGCAGCAUCACAUUCACCGUGGUCAGCGUUCGUUAACCAAACAGCAGCUUCAACAGUAUUCGCAUCAAUCAGUUGCGGGCUCUUACAGACAACAGAUAUUGCAACAGUAUUGCAACAGUAUCGGAAAUGAGAAUAUCGGGAUCCCGAUUGUAAAUCAACAUCCAUCGAUAGCCAUUAGGAUAAAUAGUGUAAGUGACAAUAUGAACAGUAGUGGGGACAGUUUAAGCGGUAGUAAUAGCACGUCCUCGCCUAACAAUCCAAAUGCGAUGUACGAUGUGGAUUUACCGUGCACCUCCGGAAACAUCCUGCCGUCGACAUCCACGGUCAUACCCUCCGCAUCGAGGGAGAUACCGGUCAUAGCAUCUACGCCGAGAGAAAUGCCGACUAUACCGUCGACAUCGAGAGAAAUGUCGGGCAUACCAUCUACAUCGAGAGGACUGCCGUCCACCUCUAGACGUCAACCGUACACCAGGGUCGCGCAUGGAAGAAGAAGUCCGUACGAAUGGAUGAAGAGACCAUCGUACCAGAACCAGCCAAAGCCAGCGUGCAACGCUACUGACAAUGCGGAUUCGCCUUCGCCAAUUAAUGAACUCUGCUGUCGACUUGAAACUCUCGGAAAAACUCGUACAAAAGACAAGUAUCGUGUGGUUUAUACAGACUAUCAGAGACUAGAGCUCGAAAAGGAGUUUCAUUCGAGCCAUUACAUCACUAUCAAACGUAAAGCCGAGCUUGCUCUUCAGCUCAAUCUCACAGAACGACAAGUAAAGAUCUGGUUCCAAAAUCGACGAGCGAAGCAACGGAAGCUGAUGAAAAAGCAGGAGGAACAACGAGCUCGAGAGCAGUUGAGGCAGCAAACGACGGCGCAAGUGGCAGCUGCCGCUGCAUCCGCGAACGUUGUAGAAGCGGCGAGCGGCGGAAUGGCGAGUUACGCCGGAGGUGACAUGGGAGGGAUGUUGGGCGGUCUGAUGCAGGCAAACGGUAACGGUUCCUCUUCGUCCAUGGCCAUGCCGAUGCCUAUAUCGCAGGCGGCGCCGCUAUUGCCGUCGUUGCCGGCGUGGCUCUCGACGUCACCCGCGUCCACAUCUGCACAACCUGUGUCGCAGUCCAUGCAGCACACGCCGUUGCAGCCGUCGGAUAUUAUUACUUUGAAUACGGUUCUGAAUAGUACCUCGCACCCACACACGCCUCACUCCGCGUCGUAAUACCCUCGCAAAAUAGUCAAAUGUAAGGAAAGUGCAAUGCGAGAGAUUCGUCAAAAAUAGCGCAGGUACCGCUCUUUUAGAGCGACCCUACCCGAAACGUCGGUACUUUGAAAUUGCAAUUCUCGCGUAUUAUAGUCAAAUCUAUGGAAAGUGCAGCGCGAGAAACGCUAAUUCUCCGGAAGUAGCCCCCCCUGACAACGAUAAAUAAGAGAAAUAGAGACGGCCAUGACUUCGUCCGAAUUUCCGAAUUUUAUUUAAGUUCAAUAAAAUUGAAUCGCGAUUGAAUAAGCGCAUGAAACGACUCGUGUCCUAUUUAUCGUGCACUUUUCAUCGACCUGUGAUAAACGACUGUUAGAUAAACGAAUCGUUCGUGGAUUUUAUAUUUAUAUAUAUGUAUAUAUAAAAUAUAUACAUAUAUAUAAUAUAGACAAGUAAUAAAUAAUAUAGAUAUAUAUAAUGAGUACAUAGAUGGAAAUUAUAGCUAGAUAAACUACUUGAUCUCAUUAAUUUCUUCACGUCCACAUAUCCACGACGAUUCUCGUUAAUGUGACACUUGCAUCUCGACUUUUUUAUUAUUUUAAUUGGAUGCAUCAAUGCGCACUGGUAUUGUAAAUAGUAAAUAAUUAGAAAUAAAUUAAUUAGAGAUUAUUAAGAUAAUUU